AUGUCACCAUCGCCGGACUCGCGGCCCAUCAAACGGCUGUUGGUCCCCAACAGAGGUGAAAUUGCUGUUCGCAUUCUGCAUGCUGCACGGGAAUUACCCGGUCCAGUCGAGACAUUCGCCCUCUACACAUCAGACGACCGUUCUCAUUGCGAUCUGGCGCGACCGCAUCAUGUAAUCCAAAUCCCAUCGGCAUCGUCCUAUCUUGAUAUAUCACUCCUUGUAAAUCUCGCUCGGGAGCAUUCUAUUGAUGCCGUGCACCCAGGAUACGGAUUCCUUAGUGAAAGUGCCGAUUUUGCGUACCGCAUGUGGCACGAAGCUGGGGCUAUCGUGAUUGGACCUGGGUGGGAGAACCUCGCCCGCACAGGGGACAAACUCCAGGCAAAAAAGCUAGCAGAGAAAUGUGGUGUCCCAGUUUUGAAAGCUAUGCCCCAGCCUACGGCUGAUGUUGAAGAAGCACGAGUCUUUGCUAGACAUGUCGGGUUCCCGGUUAUGAUUAAGGCUGUGGACGGAGGAGGCGGCCGAGGAAUCCGGCUCGUACGAGAGGACAGGGAGUUGGAUAAUAGCAUUCAACGUGCGAUUAGCGAGUCGCCUUCCCGGACAGUCUUUGUUGAAAAAGCCGCAGUGGACGGAUUUCAUCACGUCGAGAUCCAAAUCAUUGGCGACGGUACAGGCCAAGUCCGACAUUUGUGGGAGAGAGAUUGCAGCGUGCAGCGACGAUUUCAGAAGGUGGUUGAAUAUGCUCCCGCGUUGAUAACGUUACAAGACAGAGCUUUGAUUACUCAAGUUAUCGACUCAGCAUUGAGGAUGGCAAAAGACAUUCGAUAUCGAUCACUUGGGACUUUCGAGUUUCUUGUCAGUGAACUACGAGGAGAGUUCUAUUUCCUCGAAAUCAAUCCGCGUCUCCAAGUUGAACACACUAUUACGGAAUCCAUCAGCGGUAUUGAUCUAGUACAGACACAGCUCUUACUGGCUCAGGGGCGCUCGCUAGAUGACAUCGGUCACGGAUCCAAGGUCAGCGCACGAGAACCUCCACCUGCGAAUUGUUUCUCUAUCCAGCUCCGCCUGUGUGCCGAGGACCCGAGCAAUAAUUUCGCCUUGAGCAUCGGUAAGGUGACUGAGUUCACUGUUCCUAGUGGACAUGGCAUUCGAGUAGACACGAAUAUAAUCUCCGGCUCGAAUGCACUGGUUGUUGGUCCUAAUUUUGAUAACCUAUUGGCCAAGAUCAUCGUUACCGCAUCUACCUGGGAAGCAACUGUUAGAAAGGCUCAACGCGUAUUGAUCGACACAAGUAUAGGCGGUGUCAAGACCAAUAUCAACCUUUUGCGAGGUAUCGUGGCUCACGGCGAUUUGAUUGCGGGCAAAACCCACACGCAGUGGCUGGGAUCAAAGCUUCAAGAAGUGCUUCACCUAGGGGAUAGCAUAUCAAAGAUGAUCCGAGACCAGAAGGGGUUAGUUGGCCCUUCGCAACAGUCGACAGUUCAGGGUAAUGUGCCAUCCUCUAGCCUUUUGUUCAGAAAAGGAGAUGCAUGGUCCAUUACACUAGAGGCGCUUGGAAAGCCUCAACUUCCGGAAAAGGUCGCACAUCAUUUGCGUCUUUCGCGUGUCUUACGCAAUGAAUUCCCUACUUCUCUUAUCGCUGAGAUUGAAUACACAACCCCGGCCUCGCAAACCGCGAUUCCUUAUCGGAUGCAGCUCCAUACAACUUCUACUGCAGCCUCGGCGCUGGUCUCUUCGUCACACCGCCGAGGAGAUGCAAAGAAUCCGAGACAUGUUGUUCUACCUCUAUCAGGCAAACUUAUUGAAAUAUUGGUUGUGCAGGGAGAGGAAGUUGUCGACAAUCAGGUUCUAGCAUUUGUCAAGCAGAUGAAGAUGGAAUUGGAAGUUAGGAGUCCUCGAGCUGGCAAGGUCAAAUGGGUAUAUGAGAUGGAGGAUGAAGAGGAAGAUGUCGCUGAAGGCAUGCUACUCGUAGAAUUGGAAAACGCAGAAGGCGAGGUGGAAUUGAGAGGAAAGUUGUGA